AUGGAAGCAGAAUCUAGCAGACCUGUGGAAGUGGCCGCGCUUGGCCGACCUUUCGGCCUUGGGAUGCUGUACGACUGCCGAAGGGAUUUACUCAUUCCGGACCAGCACAUCGAGGACUUUGCAGGCCGCUGCACUGCCUGCCAAACUGUGCGAAACGCACCUAAACCAGCAGCAGUCCAUCCAUGGGAAUGGCCCGCGGAGCCGUGGCAGCGUAUACACAUUGACUUUGCGGGACCAUUCGAAGACAGAAUGUUGUUGGUGGUGGUGGACGCCCACAGCAAAUGGCCAGACGUGGCCAUCAUGCGUUCUACAACCACCAGGAAAACCAUUGAGCGUCUGGAGGAAAUGUUCAGCCGGUAUGGAAUACCGGAACAGCUGGUGAGCGACAACGGACCCCAAUUUGUCGCAGAAGAGAUGGAGGCCUUCCUCAAGAUGAAUGGAAUUCAACACAUUAAGUCAGCACCCUACCACCCGUCCACCAAUGGACUGGCGGAGAGAUUCGUACAAACCUUGAAGCACAGUCUAAAGGCUUCAGUGUUCCAAGGUUCCCUUCAUCAGCGACUGUACAGUUUCCUGCUGACUUACCGAAACACACCACACAGCACCACUAAGGCGUCGCCCGCUGAACUCCUCCUGAAAAGAGCGCUGCGCACCCAAUUGGAUUGCAUACGGCCGCAGUCAAGGAGCCAAACUGUCCUGAGCAGUCAGCAAGAGCAGAGCCAACGUAGGGCAGGCACACCACGGUCUUUUCACAUUGGUGACCCGGUCCUAGCUCGCAACUACCUAAGGGGUCCCAGGUGGGUGCCAGCGAAGGUAGUGGCCAUUACCGGGCCACUGUCAUACCAAGUACGCACCAACGAUGACUUAGUGUGGCGUCGUCAUACGGACCAACUGCUGGCCAGCAAAGGCCCUGCCCCGGAACCAAUGGGUUCCCCCCUGCAAGAUAUCUCCGACGGGGCAGACGCGGUGGAGGACCAGGCCGCCCCUGACACCCUGUCAACCACCCUUCAAGAGGACAACGUCACAGACCAGGUUCCCCAGCCCCCAUUGACAACAGAUUCAGCGCCACCGUCGUCUCCGGUGACCCACCACCCUCACCGGUAUCCCACGCGGGAGCGACGGCCUCCUGACCGCCUGAACUUAAAAACAGAGAAUAAAUUUUCCUGUAAAUUUUAUGGAGACUUCAUAUUGCAGAAAACCCCUUUAACCUUUCAGGAAGCCAUUCAGCUGUAUCAGACUCUACCGAAUCUACUGGGAGCCAAUGGAGAACAGGCUGUUCCUUUGAAGGUCUGGAUGUUGCCUCUGACUAUUUUAAACCCUUCAGCUGCCAGAAUGGUCAAACAGAUAAGUGUUGGGUUGGUUCAAGAGACGCAGAGGAUCCUGGACGACCUCAGCCUGCUGGAAGUCAGAUGCAAUGAUGCUAUCAGAGCUACUGCUGACAAGUUCCCCAAGAAUAGACAAAACCUGAUGAGAUUUAAAGAAAUGUGCUCCGAUCACAAAUUGAUGCUCCAGCAAGAUCUGGCAAUGAAGCUUCCUUUGAUCCGAGGCGGAGAAUUUGAGGAAGAUGAGCUUGAAAAGAUCCUUAGGAAGAGACAGUCUUCUCCUUUCAGCAACCAACACCUGAACCAGUGGAUGGACUGGAAGGAGAAAGAAAUCUGCUUCCUAAAAGCUUUGAUGUCCACGAUGAAGAGCACAAAGCAUCUUUCAUCUCCAAAUCAACUCUAUGAAGAAGUUCUUAGAACAGAGGAGGUUUUGUGCUUUGUCUUCACCUCAGUGGAAGAUGAUGAACCCUUUGUCUCAGCUUUAGAGAGUUACAUGAAAGGAGAAAAACUCGACUGCUCAGCUGAUAAAGAGAGGGAGCAAUGGUUGGACUCAAUAGAGGAAGUAGAUGAAAUGAAGAAAAAAGCAAAGCUCUUCAGUGAUUACGCAGAAGCCAACAAGGAGAGGAAGAACAUGAAGUUCCUGACUGUGGCUUUAACCGAUGACAAACACAAGGGCAAAUGUUUCACCAUCUACCGUUACAAACAAGGCAUCAUUGAGACUGAAGACUAUGAGAUUCCUUCCCCAAAUCACUGAGACCUGUUGCUAUGCCAAGUCAUUACUGAUUUAUAUGCUGAUAUCAGCAUACUGAUCAAUACUGAAGACAUUUUUCCACAAUUUCUUCUGAUGUCUAAAUAGUUGCUGAAAUAAAUCCUGCGGCUGAUAAAACUGAACAGAAACCAACAAAUUUUGAUGUUAUUAUUCUAGAAAAGCUUAAAUUAUGGAGGAGAUUUUUCUGGUUCCUGUUUAUCUGGGGUUAUAAUAUGAUUAGGAAAUGUUUGUAAAAUCUUUUGAUCUGAUUUUAAGGGAAGUUUUUCUGACUAAUUAAUUAAAAAGUAACUCUGAUGGGUGUGUCUCUUAAUAAUAUUUGCAUCUAAAGGCAUGACAUUUCUUCUACA